AUGAAUAAAUCAGGUGGGGUUAGCGGUAAUAGUGACGGAAAAGAGAAUGAGUUUUCUUUAAGGUGGUUGGAGGAUGUGUUCGAGCAAAGUAAGGGUUAUACUGGUGCAAAUGAAAAAAACGAAAAUAAACAACAGAAAGAUCCUAAACUUAUAGAAAAUAUGACUAAAAAAGAAGAAAUUCAAAGACAAACAUCAAAUGAUAUAUUAAGUAAGGAAAUGAUUCAUCAACCAGGGAAUAUCAGCACGAACAACAGUGAUAAGGAUAUCUCUCCUUCGAUACCGCUGCAUUUAUUAGAUGAUGUAAUAGAUCAAAAUGAAAACAGUACUAGUGGAAAAAAUAUUGCUUGUAGGGAAAUAUCCAAAGAGACUACUAAGCAAAAACAUACACACGAAACCUACAUAGAUGACAUAAUAAACGAAAUAACCGAUACUACAACCAGGCUGGAUAAAGUCAAGGGUACGAACAGUUUGGGCGGCCAAACAUUGGCUCAGACUUGUACUGAAAUGGCCACUUGUCAAGAUCGUAACGCUAUUUUUACAGGAGAUGAAAACUUGGGGAAAGCAAGAAGUGGUGUAGAAAACUUGAAAAAUAGGGAUAAUUUGCUACCAUCUUUAAAAGAAAACAGCAUCGAGGAUCGAAGUAAUGCCCCAAAGUUGGUAAAGGGUAAACUAUUAGACUCGCAAUUAGAUGCAAUGGACACUGUUAUGAAGAAAACAGCACAUACUGAAAUGAAAACCCCAAACGUCGAUGUAAAAGAUGCAAUACUAAUGGCUAUAGAGACUGAAUAUAAGGACGUCAAUUUAGAUCCAAAUUUUCGAGCUAUGCCUACAAGUUUAAAGGAUUCUGCUAAGAAUAUUGAUGAGAUGAAUGUCAAGACAGGACAGUCAUCAAACCAAUUAAUCACAGAGAAUAAUCUAAUUGCACAGUCUUUGGACGGUAUGAUUAAAGAUAUCCAGAGUAACAUCGAUAAUAACUCUAAUCAAAAAACGAAGCUCAUUCUCGCUAAUGAAAAAUGUCAAAAGGAUGUGAGCGAAACAAGCAGCGAUAAUGACCAUGUAGGCAAACUUGGUACUGUACAAGAUAGUGAAAAUCAAGCCGGAAGUGAUGGUAAAGAUGAUAAAUCAAUAAUCAUAGAUGGAUCUACCCAGGUGGCCAGUCAUCAUUCCAUUCCAGAUUUAUCUAAAUUGGAUCUUGAAGGAAGGGAAGAGAUCGAUCAUGAUGUCAGAUUUCUUGUAGAUGAAAUAAAUACAGAUAUUCUGGAUUUGGACAAAACCAUCGUAGAAGGGGAUGCUACAGCUCAGAAAAUUGAAGAGAGAACAGACGCUUUUGAGAAGGAUAAAUUUAAAGUUAAUGAUAGUUCUAAUAAUGAAGAUAGGAAAUGUGAUACAAAGCUAGACCUGGCAGAUACAGAAGUAUCCGGCAAUAAAGGAAAACAAAAACUAGUUGACCAACAGUCGGUUCAUCAAGACCUAACUGUAGAAUCGUCGAACUUAUCGGAAACGUUGGACAACCUUUUAGCGACUGAUUUUGAUCAAUCGAAAAUCAGCCACGAUCAAAAAGUAUCAGCUAAACAGCAAAGAAAAUCUAUUGAUAAAUCGAAAUCGGUUAGACAUGGACAAACUCAAGAUUUUAAAGCUAGGUCGAUCAAUAACAGUAAAGGAAUUGUAGAAAGGCACGAUCGUGUUAGAGCUAAAUAUUCACAAGAGAAAAUAUCUACAAAGACUAACAAGCUAAAAGGUGAUCAGAAAGUUUGUAUGUCAUCGGCAGAAGUUGUGUUACUUCGGCAACUUGGAUUACAAGAAAAGUUACUAUGUAUGGGCUUCAGGGCCGAUGUAAAAGCUACAGGAAAUCAGUAUACGCUGAUGACGAACAUGAAUAAUCCUAAAGCACCUAGGGAACAGCUGGCAGCCAUUAAAAAUAGUCAAGAUGGUAUAUCGGCCAAUUUAUCCGCUUUCCUACGUCAGUAUUCUCAUUUAAUCAAUGAUAUCAAUAGAAUUUUGCGAAAUAAACGAAUUUUAGCUGGAGUCUAUCUUGAUAAUGAGGCAGUCUUUGUUAUUGGAAUCAAUAAUGAGGAAUACGAUAAAGCAGUUGCCUUCCUGAAAGAACAGUAUCAAACCAAAGAGUUUAAACUUCAUUACAAAAAAAAUCUACUGGAAGAUUGGACUAAUGUUCAUCAAUAUUUCACUCAUAAAUUUGCACACUAUCAUCGAGUUUUCGUCGACUUUUGCAUUAAUACCAUCGAUAAGACUGUUAAUACUACCGUUGUAGGAGUGCUUAAUGAAAUAGACUAUGUUGUCAGUAAAGCUAAGAAGUAUCUAAUGGUAUAUAAGGGUAAUGCCCAUCAUCAUACAUCCUUUGACGAUCGAUUCGAUGAAUUUGUGAUUGGUAAAAUGAAAUUAUUAAAAGUUGAAUUUCUUCAACGCUUUUGUAACGAUGAUUUAAUGGCAAUACAGAAUCGCUAUCAAUGUCAAGUUUUAUUUGAAGCAAACAAGGGAGAAAGUAGCAGUGAGGAUAGUAAAGUAAUAAUCAAAUAUCGCCAUAGCCAAAUAUCGACAGCCAUUAGUCAGAUUGAUGCGGAAAUUCGUUCCAUUCCAGUGGUUUGCAAAUCAAUUUCGGUUGGAAAGAGUCAAUUUUCAAAAAUUUUACGCUACGUUAUUUCAGAAAAGGAUAAAGGAAAACUGGCUAAUUUAAAAGACAGCCUGCAAUUCUCCAUUGACGUUGCUGAUGUCCAAAUUCGCAGGAUAACCAAGGAGAAUUCUAAACUUCGUGCUCCAGCGUGGAAGAAAGUAAAUCGAGGACUACGGGUAACGUGCCCUUCAUUGAAGUAUAAUAAUACAUCUUUUUCACAACAGGCAUCUUCAUUCACGUACCUGCCUAGCAAAAUGUCCUCGAUGCUAUUGCUUAAUAAACUCUCACCGUCAACCUUUUCAAGCUGGUCGUGUAACGUACCAAUUAUAGAUGAUAAUCAAAAGAUUGAUUUCAAUGGUAAAGUUAUUACUGUUUUGAAAAGGCCACUACAAGCUAUAAGUAAUAAUGUAAGUAUCGACAAGAUUUCACGAAGAUUUAUACGCUGA